AUGUCUGGGGACCCAAAGAAGGGGUUCUGUUAGAGAAAUUGGAGCCCUAGGAGAGACCCUAGAAAAACUUUGUAGCUACUUUCUUCUCCUCAUCCUGGGAAAGGAAAAUGCCGAAAGGUCUCCAGGUGCGUUGGCCUCGCCGUCAGCCCCAGAGCCAGCCGUUCUCACCCCAGUCCCUGUCCUCGCCUCCAGCCACUCCGCCGUACACGGCCACCUGUUGCUGCCCCCGCGCCCAGAGCCGAGUCGCAAGCUGCCGCUAGAGUUCGUUCUAAUUCCCCGGAGCAAAGGCCGGCCGGGAAGCCCCGACACUCCGCUCCCGCUCGUCUUCAGGGCAGGCGGGGACUCCGCUGAGCCUCCCAGCCCCAGGCUCCCUUUGUCUCCUCGCUGCGCUCCGACGUCAAAAGUCGACCCCCAGACAGUAUCCCCUCGCUCCCGCUUGGCUCGCGCGCGCUCGCGCUCAGCUCACACCUGGGAGAUGCUAACGCGCCGAGAUGCCCACGGAGGAGAAACUGGUCCAUCCGGGCAGGAGCGGGCGGCGCAGACAGGGUGUUGGGGGCCGGUGUUCCAGGCAGAGCGGCGCCCGAGCAAAGGCACUGAGGCGUGACCUUGCACUCGGCGUGGAGCUGAGCGCUUCCUUGUUCUCCGGUUGCCUUGAGUGUGUUUCUUCUGCCUCAGCUAGAUGAUAUGGCAACUGAGGCCUUCAGGGGGUGACUUGAUGGCUCAGCUCCUCAGUGACUGAUCCUAGAUUUGCACUCAGGUCUUGAGGUCUGACUCCAACUCCUCCCUAGAUCUCACCCUCGUGGUCAACACUGAGGGGAUGCGCGUGGAUUCGGUGCUUGGCUCAGAGAGAGGCGCUGAGAAGGAGGGAACACGUCUUGGCGCGCUGUCUGCUCUCAGAGUCAAAGUGUAAAAAGAUUUCCAGGAUGUAAGCAAUAUGGGACUGAUAUGAUGCUGCCUCCUAUGUUUAGCCAUUGGGACAGUUACAAUCUUCUGCACUGAAAUCAUUCUGGAAACUCAAGCACCAGACUUCAGCGUUCAAGUGAAACCAAAGCCAUUGGAGCGGGGCAUAAAAGCCAAAAGCCUUUUAUCUUAGUAGUUCCAAAAAUUUUACUGCCCCUGCCCUACCCGCCCCCAUCCCCAAAAUAAGCCAUUGCACACAGACAGACAGCAUGGCGAGCAAACGAAAAUCCACAACCCCAUGCAUGGUUCGGACAUCACAAGUAGUGGAACAAGACGUGCCCGAGGAAGGAGACAGGGCCAAAGAGAAAGGAAUCGGCACGCCACAGCCCGAAGUGGCCAAGGACCCUUGGGCAGCAGAACCUGAAAACUCUUCCAAAGAAAAUGAAGUGAUAGAGGUGAAAUCCACAGGGGAGAAUCAAUCCAAAAAACUCCAAGGUGGUUAUGAAUGCAAAUACUGCCCCUACUCCACGCAGAACCUGAACGAGUUCACGGAGCACGUGGACAUGCAGCACCCCAACGUGAUUCUCAACCCGCUCUACGUGUGUGCCGAAUGUAACUUCACAACCAAAAAGUACGACUCCUUGUCUGACCACAACUCCAAGUUCCACCCCGGGGAGACCAACUUCAAGCUGAAGCUCAUCAAGCGCAAUAAUCAGACCGUCUUAGAGCAGUCGAUCGACGCCACCAGCCACAUCACGUCCAUCACCACCAGCGGCCCCGGAGGCGGGGACAAUGACCCCGGGAUCUCGGUGAGUAAAACCCCCAUCAUGAAGCCAGGGAAACCGAAAGCCGAUGCCAAGAAGGUGCCCAAGAAGCCAGAGGAGGCCGCCCCCGAGAACCACGUGGAAGGGACCACCCGCCUGGUGACAGACGCGGCUGAGAUCCUCUCACGACUCGGGGGCGUGGAGCUCCUCCAGGACACCUUAGGACACGUUAUGCCUUCUGUCCAGCUCCCACCAAAUAUCAACCUUGUCCCCAAGGUCCCCGUGCCGCUGAACACUACCAAAUACAACUCUGCCCUGGACACCAACGCCACCAUGAUCAACUCCUUCAACAAGUUCCCUUACCCAACGCAGGCUGAGCUGUCCUGGCUCACAGCUGCUUCCAAACACCCAGAAGAGCACAUCAGAAUCUGGUUUGCCACCCAGCGCUUAAAGCAUGGCAUCAGCUGGUCCCCGGAGGAGGUGGAGGAGGCCCGGAAGAAGAUGUUUAAUGGCACCAUCCAGUCAGUCCCCCCAACGAUCACUGUGCUGCCCGCCCAGUUGGCCCCCACAAAGAUGUCACAGCCCAUCCUCCAGACGGCGCUCCCGUGCCAGAUCCUCGGCCAGACCAGCCUCGUGCUGACCCAGGUGACCAGCGGGCCAACGACCGUCUCUUGUUCCCCCAUCACACUCGCCGUGGCCGGAGUGACCAACCACGGCCAGAAGAGACCUCUAGUGACGCCCCAAGCUGCCCCCGAGCCCAAGCGCCCUCACGUCGCUCAAGUGCCAGAGCCUCCGCCCAAGGUGGCCAACCCCUCGCUGACCCCAGCCGGCGACCGCAAGAAGACAAAGGAGCAGAUCGCGCACCUCAAGGCGAGCUUCCUGCAGAGCCAGUUCCCCGACGACGCGGAGGUCUACCGGCUCAUCGAGGUGACCGGCCUCGCCAGGAGUGAGAUCAAGAAGUGGUUCAGCGACCACCGCUAUCGGUGUCAAAGGGGCAUCGUCCACAUCACCAGCGAAUCCCUUGCCAAAGACCAGCUGGCCAUCGCGGCUUCCCGGCACGGCCGCACUUGCCACGCGUACCCAGACUUUGCCCCGCAGAAGUUCAAAGAGAAAACCCAAGGUCAGGUGAAAAUCCUGGAAGACAGCUUUCUGAAAAGCUCUUUCCCGACCCAAGCAGAACUGGACAGGCUAAGAGUGGAGACCAAGCUGAGCAGGAGAGAGAUCGACUCCUGGUUCUCGGAGAGGCGGAAGCUUCGGGACAGCAUGGAACAGGCCGUCCUGGAUUCCAUGGGGUCCAGCAAGAAAGGCCCAGACUCGGUGGCCCCCAAUGGUGCUCUGUCUCGACUCGACCAGUUCUCCGGUGCCCAGGUGCCCAGUUCUUUGCCCAGCCCUUCACCAGCAAUUACAAAAAAUCAAGAACAGGUUCAUCUCCUGAGGGGCACGUUUGCAAGAACCCAGUGGCCAACCCCCCAGGAGUACGACCAGCUGGCGGCCAAGACCGGCCUGGUCCGAACUGAAAUCGUGCGUUGGUUCAAGGAGAACAGAUGCUUGCUAAAAACUGGAACCUUAAAGUGGCUGGAACAGUACCAGCAGCAGCGCGUGGCGGAUGAUCACGGCUACGGCGCCCUGUCCAGGAAGGCGGCAAAAGCCGUCGUCACCGAGAGCUCGGAGAACGGGAGCGAGGGCGGUCCGCGGUAUCACAAGGACCCCAGAAAGCUCUGCGAAGAGGACCUGGAGAAGCUGGGCCCCAGGAUGAAAGCGGGCGGCGAGCAAGCAAGAGACGGUUUGCCGGCAAAGCCCUCGGAGGCCACCUCGGACAGAUCAGAGGGCAACAGUCGGGACGGCCAGGGCAGCGACGGCAACGAGGAGUCGGGCAUCGUGGAUUGGGUGGAGGUGACGGUCGGAGAGGACGACGCCGUCUCAGACAGGUCGGACAGCUGGAGUCAGACGGCAACAGAAGGCGUGGCGGAACCGGCUGACUCGGACUCCGACAGCGUCCCUGCUGAGGCCAGCCAGGCCUAGACAGGGAAGCCCAUCAGAACUGCUGUGCUGAUGAAGGGGACACUCUGUCUUCAAAGAGAGAAGAGAACUUCCGUCCCUGGCUGUGGGCCGCCCUGGCCAGAGACUCCAAGUGGAACGCCUUCGCUCGUACGCACCUCCCGGAGGCCCGGUGGGAAUUGUUCAUAGUGCCAAAGUCCUACCGCUGCAUUUUCCAUGGGUCCUUGUAAAUAGUUUGCUCCUGUGCCCAGGCCCCCACCUCUUGCUAUACUGGAACCGAUUUGUACAAUGUGGGAAAAUUUUGUUACCUUUUUAACCAAGGGCAACUUCCUUUUCCAGCACUACCAUUGUAAGGUUUUUUUUCCAGGAGGGAGGGCUGAUCACACGUGCUUUUCUCUUUUAGCCUUUCUUUCUUUCUUUUUUUUUUUUAUUUUAUUAAUUUGGGGGAGGGGGGAUGUUAGCAUUAGUGCCAUUAUAUCUACUGGAUUUUAGGUAGGGAGAGUUCAUUUUUAAAAGUAGUUUGAAAUUUGGGAGAUUUCUUCAGGGGAAGGGCUGGGAUUCAGGCAUCUGUCUUAACUUGGAGAGGGUUUUACAGAUGACAGAUCUUCCAAAUCAAAUCCAUUUCUAUUUCUUCCCCAGCCUCCUCUGGGGGUCCCUGUUUAGCCACGCACAAGGCUUUCUGAACUGCCACCAGGCCGGUCUGGUUUUUUUUUGAUGGCCUGGCCUCAGACCUUGGGCCGAGCCAGCACCCGGAGAACUGGGGGGCGGACAGCUACCCUCUGAGCCCCUUUUUAGUGACCAGCAGAAAGGGCUCCCAGAUGCAUUCGCAUCAUCAUUACUUUUGUGAAAUUCAAAGAAAAAGAGAUCUUCGUGUCUAGAUGGUACAAAGAUGAACAGCUUUGGUUUUCAUUUCCGUUCCUAGCUGCCUUUUCUCAGUGUGGUAUUGGACAAGAUUUCAGCUUGAAGCUUCACCACGAAUUGCUUUGUUUGUUUGUUUGUGUGUUUGUUUUGGGCCAAUUUUAGUUUCCUGAGUGCACUUUUUUUUCCCCUCAGUUAGUCCUAACUUCUAAAGAAGGAAAACCCGGAGGCACAUCUGGUAUAAACGUUGCAGUUUGAGCUGUGUUUGCAGCCCCUUCCCCUGCGUACCCCGCCCCUCAUUUGAGUUCACUGCACAAAUCAAAGGUUAGGGAGUUUGAAAAAAAAAACAAUUUUUCUAACUGGUUGCUCAUUUGUUGUAACUCAAUAAAGCAAAGACUACACAUUUUUAUAAGCUUUUCCUC